CACGCUGCAUGGUGAUGCAGAAGAGGGUCGGGUCAUCCUGUAGUCGGUGUCGUGGGACGCAGAGUAGAGGAGCUGGAGGUGCAGGAGGCUGCGAUGGCGUGCCGCGUCAGUCUGUUGCAGGACACGGCGGUGGACAGGUGGCGGAAGCGUCCCCAACUUCUUCCACGCUUAACAGGCGCGCUGUUACAUACACCUGUCUUUCGCCCCUGCCGUCCUGCUGAUCUCAUUGUCACCUUCACGGCGCAGAAAAGGCCUCCAUAAGUGAACGAUCUUCCUGUUGUAUGCUUACGAACUGAUGUAGUGGAGCGCAUCAAGACCUGCGACGAGGAUGUGCUGACCGGAUACCAGCUAGCCGCGUCCUUCAUGGGGGAAGAAAGAUUCUUCCACGCAAAGCACGUGUUCGCUGUUAACAAGCCGCGGGGACGCCCUCAACACUUCAGGAGGCAAACAAGCGAGGCUUUGUGAGGGGAGGGGCGGCCUGUCAUCCCUGUGUCGAGUCAGCAUGGUCCUGGAGCUGCUGGUGACGUCGCUGGGCUGUACGGAGCAGGAGUGCGAGAGGGAAGAGAAGACGGCGGUGGCGAUACCCACGGCCGUACUGCCCACCACCUUGCUCUCCGUCACGGCCUCGUCCAGGGAUGUCGCCCCCAGGAACUACUCCUCCUCCCUGCCCGAUGUGUCCUUCCCCACCUACAUGCAGGGGCUGUACACGGCCUGGUGCCUCCUGCUGCUGCUUGUAGGGCUGGUGGGGAACGUGCUAGUGCCGGUGCUGGUAGUGCGGGACAGGGAGCUGCGGGCUGCUUCCACCAGCAUCUUCAUCGCCAACCUCGUGGUGGCGGACCUGCUGGUGCUGGUGGUGUGUCUCCCCGCCCUCCUCUCUGAGUUGUACGCGCCCCCUGCAGUGUGGGUCCUCCCAGCCUCCAUGUGCAAGGUGGUGCCCUACGUGGAGUUCACCGUCGCCCACGCCUCCAUGCUCACCAUCCUGGCCAUCUCGGUGGAGCGUUACCGGGCUAUCUGUCACCCGCUGACUGCCGCUGCCUCCUGCAGCAGGGCCCGUGCCGCUCUGGCGUGCCUGCUGGUGUGGGUCCUCGCUACCUGCAUCACCAGCCCAGUAAUCGCCCUCACAGAGUACUCCUACGCCGAGUACAUCGACCACUCCCUGGUGCCGGUCUGCUACACGCGCGUCGACUCACUCUGGGCCAAGGUGUUCGUGGUGACGUCCAUGGCCGCUUUGUUCUUCCUGCCGUUGGUGGUGCUCGUGCUGCUGUACUGGAGGAUUGCGAGGCAGCUGCUCCUGGAUGACGAGCAACUGUGUAAGGACAAACCCAACCCACACCUGCACGCAAGGAAACAGGUGGUGGUGAUGCUGGGUACGGUGGUGGUGGUGUUCUUCGUGUGUCUGCUCCCCCACCGCAUCUUCAGUCUGUGGUACAUCUUCAUCACAGAGGAGACCGAGGACUCCAUCAGUGAGGAGGUGUACUUCAACAUGCUCUACGCCUUUCGCAUCCUCGUGUAUUUCAACUCCGCCAUCAACCCGGUGCUGUACAACGUCACCUCCUCCAAGUUCAGAGGUGCCUUCUUCAGACUGCUAGGGCUGCAGCGUGGAGACCCACUGCAUCACACAGCCACUGCCACGGCCCACAACACCACCAUCACGGGGGGAGGCGGUAGCAUGCGCAACAGUCUGAUGAAGUCGUCCUGGCGAGGGCAGAAGCUGGUGGUGCAAUGCAGCUACACCUGCAUGUGGCAGGAGGGAGAGUGGCACCCUCUGGUAGAGCAGCAGUCUCACAGUCCAGCCAUCUGGGGUCACACUAACCUCACCAGCCAACUUACAAGUCCCGCCGCCAGCCCCUUCCUGCCCCGUGACUGUUCCCGGCCCGCCGCCAGGCAGAUGGAGAGUUUUGUGUAGAGGCGGCUUGGAGUUAAACUUGCUCUCCAUAGUUCGUUUAUUUUAAUGUUUGCCAGGAUGUCACUGAUGUGUGGACAGAUGUAAAAUUCCAUUAUAUGAUCAUAUAAUGCUGCCCUCCUGACCCUGAAACCAAUAAAAGAAAAAGCUCGCUGAUGAAUAA